CCUAUCACGAGUUUCCACCUGACUUCUUCACCAGUCAGCAACGAAGUGAUGGAGCAAUCAUUAUUCACGUACUAGUGACGAUCUACAUGUUUUACGCUUUGGCCGUCGUAUGCAAUGAUUACUUUAUAGCUUCGUUAGAAGAAUGUUCCCUGCGACUAAACCUCAGUGAUGACGUAGCUGGGGCUACUUUUAUGGCUGCUGGAAGUUCUGCGCCGGAGCUUUUCACAGCUGUCCUCGGGGUGUUCGUUGCUAAAGGGGAUGUUGGAACAGCGACCAUUGUGGGCUCAGCUGUCUUUAAUGUUCUCUUUGUUAUUGGAAUUUGUGGAAUCUUUGCCGGCCGGGUGAUCAUAUUGAACUGGUGGCCAUUGUUCAGAGAUUCAUCAUAUUAUGCUCUAACUGUCGUUGUAUUAAUUAUUAUCAUAUAUGACAACACAGUGAGUUGGUACGAGUCUCUCAUCAUGUUGAUAUUUUACGUCAUCUACAUUUUGUUAUUGAAAUUUAACACUGAAUUACGACAGCUGGUGUCUAGCAAGGUGUCGUUCUUGCAGGAAGAUCAGACUGCUGCUAUAAACAUCAUACCAAAGACAGACAACAAGAAAUGCUACAGUUCAUAUGUGCCAUUCAAUGAUGAAAUUGACGAAUGUGCCCAAACUACAGUGACGUCACAACCCGUUCGUCCAGUAGAUGAAAGUAUCCGGGACUAUCACAGACGGAUUUCCAUGUAUGAAGCUGCCCUGAUGAUUAUGAUGACACGUCACUUCCGCCCUAGUACUCGCUUCCGGAGCGCCUUUCGUAGAAUUUUGUUGGAACAACGACGAAUUAAGCAGGAGUCAACAAAACUAAUUUCCCAGUCAUCGGUAGACCCAACUCAUAUUCUUCGGGCCCAGAGGAGUAUCAGCGCCACAUCAGCAACAUUUCUUGGAUUAACAUACGAUUCCGAAUUAACGUGGAAAAAUCACAUCACUCGAAUGACAAAUAAAGUAUGGCAACGAGCAAACUACAUUAGAAGACUGUCGGGUAAGAAUAUUAUAACACCACCAGAAGAUGUCAUUAAGAAUAUUGUAACACCACCAGAAGAUGUCAUUAAGAAUAUUGUAACACCACCAGAAGAUAUCAUUAAGAAUAUUGUACCACCACCAGAAGAUAUCAUUAAGAAUAUUGUAACACCACCAGAAGAUAUCAUUAAGAAUAUUGUAACACCACCAGAAGAUAUCAUUAAGAAUAUUAUAACACCACCAGAAGAUGUCAUUAAGAAUAUUGUAACACCACCAGAAGAUAUCAUUAAGAAUAUUGUAACACCACCAGAAGAUAUCAUUAAGAAUAUUAUAACACCACCAGAAGAUAUCAUUAAGAAUAUUAUAACACCACCAGAAGAUAUCAUUAAGAAUAUUAUAACACCACCAGAAGAUAUCAUUAAGAAUAUUGUAACACCACCAGAAGAUAUCAUUAAGAAUAUUGUAACACCACUAGAAGAUAUCGUUAAGAAUAUUAUAACACCACCAGAAGAUAUCAUUAAGAAUAUUGUAACACCACCAGAAGAUAUCACUAAGAAUAUUGUAACACCACCAGAAGAUAUCUUUAACAUCUAUAAACAGUAUAUAAGUCCUAUUACAGCUACGUUCUUGCUAAUCGAGUCGGAGAGUCCUAAUGGUGACGUACUGGGCUGCAUGUCGGGAGAAGACGGCCUAUUGUUUACCUGCCAGUGGUUAGUUCAGGUGCCAGUCUUAGCUGCCUUACACUACACCAUACCGGACUGUAAAAAACCUCAGUGGAAACGAUGGUUUCUCCUCGGCUUCUUCCUUUCCGUCACCUGGAUAGCUGUGUUUUCCUACAUCAUGGUGUGGAUGGUAACGUUGAUUGGCUUCACGAUGGGAAUACCAGACAGUAUUAUGGGGCUCACGUUCCUGGCUGCUGGAACCAGUGUACCAGACGCUUUUGCUAGUCUGCUAGUAGCAAAACAAGGUCAAGGUGACAUGGCAGUAUCAAACAGCAUGGGUAGUAACGUAUUUGAUAUUUUAAUUGGCCUGGCCAUACCAUGGUUUAUCCAAACAGCUAUGGUGAAACCCGGAUCUCUGGCAAAAAUCGACAGCAAAGGAUUGGUGUAUUCAGUAGUCCUUCUUUUCCUGACGAUCAUUAUUACGAUUUACGGGAUUUACAAGAGUAACUGGCAGCUCACAAGACGGCUAGGGAUGCUGGCACUUGGAGUUUAUUUCAUUUUCUUGUUCAUCUCCAUCAUGUUAGAGUUUAACGUUGUUGGCACAUUGAACCCACUGAUGUGUCCCGAGUGACAUCAAUAGCAUCGUAUUUACAAGAUAUCUUUUUUAUUUCAUUAUUUGUGCUUAUUCAAGGCCUAACUGCUUGUAAACUAUUUUUCUUUUAUAUAACUCUGAUUUCUCGAUAGUUGUUACGGUGAGUUAGUUCUUAAUAUAAAGCUUUUGGAAGGACUUGUUAUCUGUUGCUAGUAUUUCGUCCUCCCCAUACAAAAAUUAAUUCGACUUACUUAAUUCAGUUAUUAUUGUUUCAUUGACAAGCUCUCCAGAUGCGAACAGCAUCGAGUUUGCUGCUCUUGUUCUUUUAAAACUUGGUUUCAAAUUACUCUAAAAAACGACCAGUAAAUGUUCUUGAUGCACGCUUUUCUAUUGAUAAACUCUGCUGUUAGGAAAUACUACAUCAACAGCACUAUGACCAUUGUCCAGAUGCAGACAAUCGUUUAAUUUUUUGUUUUUUUAAACUUGGUUUCCGAAUUACUCUAACAAAACAACCAGUAAAUGUUCUUGAUGCACGCUUUUCUAACAAAUUUGUGGCUUUCUAAUGAUGUCGAUUGUUUCUAUGAGCUAAAACUAUCUUAAUUCUGUGUAAACGUAGUUAAUAAUUUGUUACAAUGGCUUGCAAUCUAUACCGUAUCAUUAAACAUUAUCAAGUUAAAGUUAUCUAGAAAUGAUCACUGUAAGCACAACUGUUAUGAUUUUGUUGUCAUUUUCUAUUAUCCAUGUUUGUCGUAAUUCCUAGCCAUAACAAUGAUUUUGUUUUUUUCUACAGAAAUAUUUUUCGUUAGGACCAAAUUCAAUGAAAAGAGAUUUGGUUAUAGUUAAGCAAAUAGUUACACAAUAGGCAAUCUGUGCUUUGCCCAUUAUGGGUAUCGAAACCCGAUUAUUAACGUCGUAACUUUGCAGACUUACUGCUGAGCCACUGGGAGGUAAGUGACAAAGAGAGAGAUAAAUGUUGAUGAAGAAUAAAAAUCACAUUCAUGCCUCUUAUCUAACGGAAUAGUGCUCAAUUCUUGGUUUAAUGUCUAUACAUAAAAAUAAUUAUGCCCAUGACUGUCAUCAAUACCAAAGAAUACCAUAUAUAUAUAUAUGGUAGUGAACUACUGUCUUUAGAAAUAUUGAUCAUGAUUGUUGUUUAGACCAGUGGUGCUCAAACCUUUUUAUGGCACCCCCUUUCUAACCACGUGUUCUGUAGUGCCCCCCCCCCCCGUACUUCGUAUAAACUAUUUGUGUAUGUACUGUAUAUUUCAUCUUCCCAUCAUAAUUGU